AGGCAUCAGCUGACAGCACAUUUCAACACAAUGAGUUCUGCUAGUUUGCGUUGGAGAAAGUAGGAGUCAUUUUACAAGGGCUCUCGUCAAAUGCGGACAUCAGUCCAGCUCGUUUAGACGCGGCUGCUGUUGUUGUGUCGUGUCUUCUUGGGGAGUUUGCGUGUAUUUCUGAGGAAUGAGGUGAAAUGAGGCUCUGGAAUGGAAAAUUUUUAUUUAUCGCGGGGUUUGUGUGUAUGUUGAUGUUAACAUUCAGACACACGUCCAGACCAGACAAUGUGCCAUCGCAGCUGCAUGAGGUCUAUAAGCGGCUACUGCGAGCAGAGCAGCGCGGUGAGGUUUUAUCACAGGAGCUGCUGAAGGUGCUGGGUCACCUACAAAACCGCAGCAUUGCUCAGUCUAAUCUCUCUAUCAGCAACUCCUCAGCUAUAUUGGAAGAGCGAGUCCUUCGGCUGCUUUUGCCUUCGCAGCCGAAUGCGCUGGUGUAUUUACCUCACCUGAAAGAGCACAAGGACAGUUUAAAACCCAUCGUUCACCUGGGCAGACGACGCAAGGGAGUGUCUAUGGUGUUUGGCGUGCCCACCGUUCACAGGCAGAAACAGAGUUAUCUAGUGAACACACUCCAAUCUCUGCUUUUUGACCUUUCCACUGCACAGAAGAAAGAUAUUGUCAUUGUAGUCUUUGUUGCUGAGACUAAUCCAGAGUUUGUAAAAUCUGUUGUACAGAGUGUACAGGACAAUCUCCCAGAUGCCGUCAGUUCUGGAGUGAUUGAGGUGAUCUCUCCGUCCCCUCACUUUUACCCAGACUUCAAUAAUCUGAAGGAAACUUUUGGAGAUCCCAAGGAGCGAGUCAAAUGGAGGACCAAGCAGAAUCUUGACUACAGCUUCCUCAUGCUGUAUGCGCAGUCUAAGGGCGCGUAUUAUGUUCAGCUCGAGGAUGAUAUCGUAGCGAAACAAGGAUUCUUUGAGACCAUGAAAGCAUAUACAGAUAAUGUGCUUACAGAAGAGUGGCUUUAUUUGGAGUUUUCCCAGCUGGGAUUCAUUGGCAAGCUUUUCCGCUCAUCGGAUCUGCCGAUGAUUGUGGAGUUCAUCCUGAUGUUCCACAGAGACAAGCCCAUCGACUGGCUGCUUGAUCACUUCCUGUGGGUUAAAAUGUGUAACCCAGAGAAAGACGCAAAACACUGCAGUAAUGAGAAGGCCCGACUGAAGAGAACCCACAAACCCUCCCUGUUUCAGCAUGUCGGUCUGCAUUCUUCUCUGCCUGGUAAAAUACAAAACCUGAGGGAUAAAGACUUUGGGAAGCAGGUGCUUUUCAAAGGCCACUCAAACCCGUCCGCAGCUCUCAGCACCACUCUGGAGCAAUAUCAGACUCACUCUCUGGAAAGAGCUUAUAACGGAGAGGACUUCUUCUGGGGUCUCACACCCAAACGCGGAGACUACAUCCUCAUCACUUUCACCAGACCUCAGGCCAUCAAAGAGUACUUUUUUCGAUCUGGCAAUAUUGAGACAAACGGUGACCGGUUUUACAACACAACAGUGGAAGUGCUUCCUGUUCAUGUUUCUGUGAAGGAGAAAGUGUCCAGAGGAGAAAUGGCCUGCUGUAAAUCCUCCUCCGAUGGCUUUGUCCAGAUCGGCUCUUUCAAGAAUGGAGUGGCUGAAGGAGAAGUGGACGCAGCUUUGGGUAUAUCAGAGGCCAUGCGAAUCCUGGUUCACUCGGACUCUGACGUCUGGGUUCUUCUCAGUGAGAUCUUUAUUAAAGUUUGAUGAGCUCAGGAGAGAGGGGAAAUCUGAGCCGCAUGCUAACAUGUGAAAAUUGCGGCUCUUGACAACAGCGCGCUCUGCUGGCCUGGAAAAUAACCACAACUGUGUGCCAUCUUCAAUUACAGGAGAAUUCCCUCAUCGGUUUGAGCGGGAAAACGUGUUUACAUGCUUAUUUGGGUAACACUUUACAAUAAGGUUGCAUUAGUUAGUUAUUAUGUUAGCUAAUGC